AUGCCGUCAGCAGUCGGUGGGCAUUCGCAUCGGCCGACUACCAAAGUCGUGCACAAGGCCUUCAAAUCCAAGAAAGCGACGAAAGGCGCAUUGAGAGAACAGGCGAAAGGCAAAGUUCCCAACGAAAAGGGGCUGCGAAAGACGCCCCAUCAGCAAGUCAUGUCCAAGUUCGACCGUCGAAACCAGGCCAAGCAGCGCCAAAUGACCAAGCACAAGGAGCACCAGAAAGAGACGUCAGUUUUCGCCGGACGGGACGGGGCGCCGAGGAUUGUUGCUGUGAUUCCACUAUGCGCGGAUGGCGACGUACCUACAGCUAUUCAGCGCCUCAACAACAGCCUCGAUAUCGAAUCUGAGCUCUCCGAUACCAGCUUCCGGGUCUCUGUCGAUCGGUUCAAGCAGAAGCUACAAUAUGUACCUGUCAAGAGAGACCUCACGGUAUGCAUGGACGCCGCGCGCGUCGCAGACUACGUGGUCUUUGUGUUGUCUGCCGGAGUCGAAGUCGACACCCUGGGCGAAAUUAUAAUCCGGAGUGUCGAGAACCAGGGUAUGUCGACCUUGUUCACGGUUGUUCAGGACCUAGACAAGGUCCAACCCGCAAAAGCGAGACCAGACGUGGUGAAGUCCCUGGCUUCUUUCAUGACACACUUCCACCCGGGCCAGGAGAAGGUGUACAGUCUGGACUCGAGACAGGAGUGCUCGAAUUUGAUGAGGUCGCUUUGUAGUACGACACCAAAGGGUAUCAAUUGGAGGGACCAAAGAUCCUGGAUGCUCGUAGAUGAAGUCCGGUGGCCAUCAGCAGAUAGCGAGUCGACUGUGCUGACGGGUGUCGUCCGUGGGAAAGGCCUCAAAGCUGAUCGACUGGUUCAUGUGGGAGAUUGGGGCACAUAUCAAAUCGAAAAGAUCACGGCCGCACCGCUACCGACUAAGAAACGGAAAGACGAAGGCAUGGCUGUGGAUGACUCGGAAGGAGAGAAUGUUUUGGAAGCCCCGGAUGAGGACCAAGAUGAGCUCGCUGAGUUGGCACCUGAAGAAGCAGUCAUGGACGACGUCCCUGAAUCUGUUGCGACGUCUGACAAGAGGGGUGUCUUGUUGGACGACCAUCAUUACUUCUCAGAUGAUGAGCCAGAGAUGUAUACUGCACCAAUAAAGGUGCCUAAAGGAACUUCGUCUUACCAGGCAGCCUGGUACUUGGAUGAUGUUUCUGACUCGGAGUCGGAUUUGGACGAUGAGGAGAUGCAGGAUGUAGUUGAAGAAACUGCCCCAGUGGCCCCUGAGGACGGGAUGGAAGGUAUCGCUGCCAAAGAGCCUACCGAGGCGGCCAUGUCUGAAUACCCUCAAUCCGAAGCGUUUGUCGAGCCGGACGAGGACGACGAUGCCGAAGAACUUGCAGCAUAUCGGUCGAGGAAGCGCGAUGAGGUUGAGGAAGACAAAGAAUUCCCCGAUGAGAUCGAGUUGCAGCCGAAUGUGCUUGCUCGAGAAAGGUUGGCGAAGUACAGAGGCCUGAAAAGUCUGCGGACAAGCCCGUGGAACAAGGAGGAAGACCGGCCAUACCAACCUGAGGAGUGGCCAAGGUUGCUACAGGUUUCCGACUACCAAUCGUCUCGAAAUCGGUCCAUACGUGAAGCCUUGGUAGGCGGGGUUGCUCCGGGCACGCGGGUCCACGUCCAUCUAAAAGGGGUUCCCGCUGAGUUUGAGAAAUCGUACACUCCUUCCCGCCCAGUCACACUGUUCUCUCUGUUGCGGCACGAGAAUAAGAAGACAUCGGUCAACUUCGAAGUCACCCACAAGGAAGACUACGAAAAGUCCAUCAAAGCAAAGGAAGAGCUCAUUGUUCAAUGUGGCCCCCGAAGAUUCGUCGUCAACCCCUUAUUUUCAUUGGGCGGCAACACUGAGAAUGACGUACACAAGUACUGCCGGUAUCUUCACCCUGGGCAAUCGGCAAUUGCGACUUUCAUGGGACCUAUCACCUGGGGAUCUGUGCCGACAUUGUUCUUCAAGCGGACCAUUCCCGUCGAGGGCGAUGAAGGUUCAAGUGUAUCGCUGCAACUAGUAGCGACAGGGACUGCUCGCCCUCCCUCCACUUCAAGAGUCGUGGCGAAGCGCGUCAUCUUGACCGGUCACCCCUACCACAUUCACAAAAAGAUUGUGACCAUCCGGUACAUGUUCUUCAACCGAGAGGACGUGGAAUGGUUCAAGGCAUUGCCGCUCUGGACGAAGAGGGGAAGAAGCGGUUAUGUCAAAGAGCCACUGGGUACCCAUGGCUACUUCAAGGCCAAUUUCGAUGGGAGAAUCAACCCUCAGGACGCUGUCGGUGUCAGUCUAUACAAGCGAGUAUGGCCUCGGAGCUCAAGACCGCUCACGGGACCCUUGCUGGAGGAGGGGCCCUUGGUUGUCCCUCAGGACGAGGCCAUGGACGAGGAUAUCCAAUAG